AUUCAAACAUUUCAUCACCCUCCCUUUGCUACUACUACUGAACAAAAAGAAAGGAAGCAACUUUGUAACAAAUUUCAAUGGCUGCAAUGUAUAAUUUAGUGUCAAAUCCAAAAUCCUUAUCAUCAUUCCUCACAAACCCACCUUCCAUUCCAUGCACUAACCUCACUCAUGUCUCAUUUGACCAAUCCCAAUAUUGUUCUUCAUACUCAUCCAUCACUAGAACAAGGCCAACAAGAUCAUCAUCAUCAUUGUUUCAGAGCAAUGCCAAGAAGAAGAAGAAUCCAUGGUUAGACCCUUUUGAUGAUGGUGAGGAUCCUGACAUGGAGUAUGGAUCAUUGUUUGCUGAUGGGAAGCAAGAGGAGGAUCCAAGGCCCCCAGAUGACCCUGACAACCCUUAUGGAUUCUUGAAGUUCCCAGCUGGUUAUGCUGUUGAGAUUGCUUCUUUGGGUCUCAAAGUCAGAGGUGAUGUUAGGAGGUGCUGCUGUGUUAUCUCUGGUGGUGUUUAUGAGAACCUCUUGUUUUUCCCAACUAUUCAGUUGCUCAAGGAUAGAUACCCCGGAGUUCAGAUUGAUGUGUUGGCAUCAGAGAGGGGGAAGCAAACAUAUGAAAUGAAUAAGAAUGUGAGGUGGGCAAAUGCUUAUGAUCCUGAUGAUGAAUGGCCUGAGCCUGCAGAGUAUACUGAUAUGCUUGGAGUUCUUAGGAAUAGAUUCUAUGACAUGGUUUUGAGCACAAAAUUAGCAGGGCUUGGGCAUGCAGCAUUCUUGUUUAUGACAACAGCAAGAGAUAAAUUAAGCUAUGUGUACCCAAAUGUGAAUGCUGCUGGGGCAGGAUUGCUUUUAACUGAAACAUUCACUCCAGAAACUUUGAAUCUCUCAGAUGGAGGAUAUUAUAUGUAUGAACAAAUGAAUGAUUGGUUGGGAAGGCCAUUCAGAAGUGUUCCAAGGACCCCAGUGCCACCUCUAAGGGUAUCACUUUCAAAGAAGGUGAAGGAGGCUGUGGAGACUAAAUACACAAAUGCAGGUGCUCAAAAAGGGAAAUAUAUUGUCAUUCAUGGCAUUCAAUCAGAUUCUAAGGCCAACAUGCAAUCUAGGGGUGAUCAUGAUAGCUUGCUUCCCAUUGAAGUUUGGGCUGAUAUUGCAUAUGAGAUAAGGGAAUUUACUCCAGUUUUUGUGAUUCCACAUGAGAAAGAAAGGGAAAAUGUGGAGGAAGUUGUUGGAGAAGAUGCUUCCAUAGUCUUCAUCACCACCCCUGGACAGUUGGCUGCUCUUAUCAAUGACUCAGCUGGAGUGAUAGCUACAAAUACAGCAGCCAUUCAACUUGCAAAUGCAAGAGACAAACCAAGUAUUGCAUUGUUUUGUUCUGAAGAGAAGGGAAAAAAGUUUGUGCCAGAUGCAGAAGAGAAGAAAUGUACUGUAAUAUCAUCAAAGACAGGGAAGUUGAUUGAUAUUGAUGUUGAGGCUGUAUCAAAUGCAAUGCAAACUUUCAAUGUCUCUCUAGCCUUAGUAUAGUGGAUGAGGGAAAAGAUGGAAGGAUUCUGCACUUCCUGUUAAGUGAUUGUAUCAAAUAUUGUCGUUUAACUUUGAAAUUAAUAGGAAAGACAUAUUUCUCUCUAGAAA